AUGGAAACUCGACAACUUCAUUCGAGCCAAAAAGAAGCAAUGAAGAAAAUAGCUGAAUUUUCAGGAGAAGCAAAUGAACUGGAUAUUGAUGAAUGGUUAUUCGAUUUGAACAAUUUGUUUUCAUUAAUGAAAUUAAAAGAUGAAACAAAAAUUCUCGAAACAAUGGGCAAAUUAACAGGACCAGCAUUACGAUGGUAUCAAGAAAAUUUAAGAUCAUUCAUUAAUUGGAAUGAUGCUGAAAAAGCAUUACAAGAUCGAUUCAAAGAAUUUACAUCCGAUAGUCAAUUAAUGCAAGAAUUUUUUCAUAUUCAUCAAGAAGAAAACCAAUCGGUUACAUCAUUUUAUGAAAAUGUUAUUCGUAAAUAUAGGAAAGCCCGACAAUUCAUUACCGAACAACAAAUUAUUACAGUAUUACAAAAUGGUGUUAAAAAUUCAUUAAAAGAACAUUUAAUUCGAAAUGAAAAAGAUAUUAAGAAACCAGAAGAAUGGUUGCAAGUUGCUCGAGAAGAAGAAUAUAUACAGAAGCGAAUUCAACAACAAAGUAAUAGUUUGUAUUCUGAAACAAAAAAUAAAAUAUUUUUUGAAUCUAUAUUACCAACUGCAACAAUUCAACCAACAUCAUCGAAUACUGAAUCAUGGAGUCAACAGCCAUUUAUAUCACGUCAUUACGAUAAAAAACAACAUCAGCAACUACCAUCAUUAACAAAUAAUCGAAUAUAUCCAAAACAAAACAAUUUUUUUAAUCUUAAACAAAAUCAAAAAUAUUAUCCAGAACAGAAAAUACAGAAACCAGCUUCAUGUUUAAUUUGCAAUCGAAAAAAUCAUCCAACAAUUAAAUGCUUUUAUAAGAAGGACAAUGGCUGUUUUAAAUGCGGACAAUCAAAUCAUCAAAUACGUGAUUCCAAAAAGUCAUCAACCACAACAGCAUUUACUCCCAUUUUUGUUAAAAUUAUAUGCAACAAUACUCCACAGGAAGCACUUAUCGAUACUGGAUCGGCCAUCACUAUUAUACAUCAAUGCUUAUUAAAUGAUAUUCCACAUGAAAAAUUUAUACCAAAAACAAAAAAUCAUUUAUCAGCAAAUUGUUCAACAUUAAAUAUUUUUGGCGAAAUACCAUUAGAAAUAAAUGUUAAUGGAAUAAAAACAACAGUUAUUGCCGACGUGACAACAAAUCUCGUUACAAAUUUAAUAUUAGGUAGUGAUUGGAUUCAAUCAAAUAAUGUUUAUAUUCUUACACCUGAACAACGAAUUAUGAUCCGAAGUCGAGGUAGAGAAGUAUCAACUCCUUUUGUAAAACCACCUCUCUUAAAUUAUCCAGCUACUCUUAUUAAUCAUAUUACUCUUCCUCCUUUUUCAGAAAAAAUAGUAGAAGCAAAAGUUCAACACAACAAUAGGAUAGAUGUAUUAUUUGAACCAAAUCCUCGAUUAAAAAACAAAGCAUUAUUUAUUGCAAGUGCAUUACUCAACAUUGAAAAUAGAAGAAUAAGAAUUAGUAUAAUUAAUGCAACGAAUCGGCAGCAAACACUUUCCGAAGGAACGAAAUUAGGCAUAGCAACACAAAUAUCUUCUACAAUUGGUGUUACCAUACCAUCAGAUCAUUUAGAGGAACGCAUUCCGACAGGAAAAGCGUGUACAGUGCUCAUUCCUAAAGGAAAAGAAGCAAAUACAUCGGAUAAAUUAAAUUCCAAGAAUAUGCCGAUUACUACAUCAUAUGAACAACAACAUCAAUGUCGUAAAUGUCAUCAACAUUUCGAUACUGGAAACAAUCUGUUUAAACAUCUCAGAAACAAAUGUUAUCCUGAAGACAUAAGACAACAAAUAAAUAAAUUAAUCGCACAUAUUAAUGAUGAUAAACAACGAGAACAAAUUUUAAAAAUUUUCUGGAAAUAUGGAAAAUUAUUUGACAUUAGUGAACCCUCAAAAAUUGACAUCAUUUUAAAAAAUGCUAUUGAUACUGGCACACAUCGACCUAUUCAUACUCCACCAUAUAGAAAAUCCAAUAAAGAUCAAGAAACCUUAAGGAAAGAAACAGAAAAAUUAUUAAAAAAUGGAAUUAUUGAACAUUCAACAUCUCCAUGGUCAUCACCAGUUGUAUUAGUCAAAAAGAAAGAUGGAACAACAAGAUUUUGUGUCGAUUAUCGUCGUUUAAAUCAAAUUACAACAAAAGAUGCAUUUCCUCUACCAAGAAUUGAUGAUAUUUAUGACCAAUUAACAAAAGCAACAUACUUUACAAAAUUUGAUUUCAAAGCAGGAUAUUUUCAAGUGCCAUUAGACAAGGCAGAUCGACCGAAAACAGCAUUUUCAACCAGAGAUGGACAUUUUCAAUUUAAAGUCCAAAUAGAUGGAACCAUAACAUAUCGAAGAAUAGCAAGACCGGAAAUACUAUUUCUUGGUCAUUUAAUUAAAGCUGGUACUAUUAAACCAGAUCCAAACAACAUCCGUGGAUUGACUGAUACACGAGAACCAACAUCAGCCGAGGAAGCAUUUAGAUUCGUGAAAGCAGCAGAAUAUUACAGAAAAUUUAUUCCAAAAUUCUCCUUCAUCGCCGCACCAUUACAUAAAUAUUCACCAGCAACAUUACAACAACAAAAGAAUAACAAAAAAUUAAAAUUUGAAUUAUCUGAUGAAGCUCGAAUAGCAUUCCAUCAACUCAAGAAAAUAUUAACAACCGAUCUCAUUCUCGAUUUACCUGAUGACAUAUUACAAUUUAAAUUACAAACUGAUGCUUGUGUGGAUGGAAUUGGCGCUGUUCUGUUACAAAUUACUCCCAAUGGUGAUCGACCAUUAGCAUAUAUGUCAAAGAAAUUAACAAAAACACAAACUAAUUGGCCAACAAUUGAACAAGAAUGUUACGCAAUAGUAGAAGCAGUCGAAAAAUGGGACAAAUAUCUUCGUGGACAUGAAUUUAUAUUAGAAACUGACCACGAACCAUUAAUUAAUUUUGCAAACAAGGAACAAUUGAAUAAAAGAUGUGAACGAUGGCGAUUAAAAUUAGCUGAAUAUCGAUUUAAGGUGAAACAUAUUCAAGGCAAGAAGAACAAUAUGGCAGAUUAUCUUUCAAGAUCGCCGGUGGAAGCAGCUCAAGAAGAUAUUGAAGAAAGAAUCCAAUAUACAUCAAUAUCCACACAAACAGAUUUAUCAUUUUCAUCAUCAACUAAUAAUAAUUUAAUUCCAUUAAAAAUAACAACAGCAAUCACUAGAGCUCAAGCCAAAUUACAACAAUAUGCAAUGGCAACACCAUCGAUUACACCAACGGAUGAAAAAAAUAAUGAGCUCAUCCCACAAGGGAAAGCAGCGAUUGAUAAAGAACCAAUAACAAAAUCAUCAGAUGAAAACCUGAAUAAGAUCAUUCCAUUUGAUAUGGAUGAUUUAAGAAAAUGUCAAGAAGAAGACCAGACAAUACAAGAAAUAAAAAAGAAUAUUAAGAAUAAAAAACAUUAUUUCAUUGAAAAUGGAAUAUUAUUUAGAAGACAGCAGCUACCACUUUCACCAGUACCAUAUGUUCCAGACGGACGAAUACGUGCUGAUAUAUUAAAAAUUUAUCAUGAUACACCUGGUAAUGGAGCUCAUUUUGGUCGAGACAAAACAACAAGAAAAAUUCAAGAACGUUAUUACUGGCCAACAAUGAUAGCUGAUAUUAGAAAUCAUUUAAAUUCAUGUUUACCAUGUGCACAAAAUAAUUAUCGUCGUCAAAAAUUACCAGGAAAAUUAAAACCAAUACCACCACCAGAAGGAAUAUGGAAAUUAUUGAGUAUGGAUUUUCAUGGUCCAAUAACUCCAACAUCAAAACAAGGAAACAGAUAUAUUAUAUCUCUAACGGAUGUAUUAUCAAAAUUUGUUAUUACAAAAGCUGUUCGAGAUUGUUCAGCAACAACAGCAGUGAAAUUCCUUAUAAAUGAUGUUAUAUUAAAAUAUGGAACGCCAACAUGUAUUUUAACUGAUAAUGGUACACAUUUCACAUCUCAACUUAUGAACAAAUUAUUUGAAAAUCUUGGAGUUACUCAUCUAUAUUCUACAGUAUAUCAUCCACAGACAAAUGGACAGAUCGAACGAUUUAAUGCUACAAUGGAUGGAAAAAUUGCCGCUUUAUGCAACGAACGACGUACAAAUUGGGAUGAAGUAUUACAAUUUGUUACUUUUAAUUAUAAUACAUCAAUACAUGCAGCAACAAAACAAACACCAUUUGAAAUGAUGCAUGGACGACAAGCUACUCUUCCAUUUGAUCAACAAAAUGAAAUUAUUUCACUCACACAAGAUCCAGAGCAUAGUCAAAAAAUUAGAAUUUACCUUGAAAAAUUAGUAAAUGAAGCUCGGAACAAUAUUAUAAGAAAUCAACAACAAUAUAAAGCUCGAUAUGAUUUACAUAGACAAGAUUUAUUAUUAAAAGUCAACGAUUUAGUUUUAGUAAAAACAAAAAAUAUUAGAAACAAAUUUGAUAUACGAUAUGAAGGUCCAUUUAAAAUUAUUAAACAAUUAGGAAUUAAAACAUUCAUUGUUCAACAUGUAAAAAAAUUAACAUUAACAAGACAAGUGACUAUGGAUGUUAUCGUUCCACUGGUGGAACGAUGGAAUUUAAUUCAAUAA